AUGCUCAUCCCCAGCAUGAAUUCUUCUCUCUUCCUGUUUUUUUUCCUUGGGCUACUGAUGCCACUGCUCAACGCCUGCAGUCCACCUCUGAACGACUUCCGUCUGUUCAACGACACCUCCCUCCUACCUCAAAUCCUUGCCGAGCAUGGCAUCGACAUGAACAACCCAGAGCAAGGCUCAGCUGAAGUCGUCUCCAACACGAUAAGUCCGCACGAAAGAUGGCAUGCGGGCAUGGAUCCAUCGACUCCAGAGGUCACAGUCAUCCACUGGUGCUACUACAGCCAAGUCGAGAUUAACGCAAUUGGGCUGAUGGGCAACCACGUUGCAAAAGCCUGGGAACGUUGGCACCAGAAGAUCGGCCAAGCUUCCGCAGAGAGUGGCCACACACUGGAGUUUCGCUUGUGGAAGAAGAUGUGCACCCUCGAUCCUGCGCCAGGGGGUAUACAUCGUACGUGGAGACUGGAGGUUCCGAAGAGGACCGUGGUGGUAAGGCUGGCGAGGGAACUGGAUGGUGGAGCGCAGUCCACGACUGGGUAUAUACCUGAAGCAUGGAAUAAUCGAGAAGGUCGCCAUAAACUCGAAAUCUCCCCCAGUCUUUUCUAUUCGCCGCCUGAAUUCAUCCAGUCGAUCCUUGCCCACGAACUGGGUCACAUCUUUGGCCUCUGGCACGAGCACCAGCGUGAAGACCGAGAUCGUUACGUCCAUUUCGAGUGCAAAAACCUCAACGGGUACGCCGAAGUAGCCCAAAGGAUUUCGGAUCAGAAACCAAGUUUCACCAUGGCCGAGAUGUGCGAAUCCUGGAAGCUCGGCCGCGACCCAAACUGGAGUUUCCCCGCGCCCAGUUUCUCCACGCAGACAUCGCGCGAGUCGUCCAAUGUCAUGUGGUGGGAGACAUUUCCGCUUCAGGUGACCCACAGCGAAAAGUACGACUACGAUAGCAUCAUGCAUUAUGCAUCUAGUCAGGCGAUGCGGCCGGGAAACAAUGGGUAUGAUGUCAAGCAAGCUGUGUUGACCAAGUGGAAGAAGCCGCUGGAUGAGGGUCAGUCUGCGCCGCCGGUUACGGCGAUGAAUUCAUUCAUCAUGCGGGGGACUGGGGUUCCGUCGGAUAGGGAUUACGAGGCUAUCAAGAGGUUGUAUCCGUGGCCGAGUAGACAGGAUGCGCCACCGAGGGGCGAUAAGGUAGGAUAGUAUGUGUGGAUCUCUUUACGUUGGACUUGCUGGCCAUCUUUUCAGUCGGCAUAUAUAAAUAGUUGUUUCUAGAUGGCAG